AUGACCGCGACGGUCAAAACUUCAAUCCGUAUUCCAGAGGAUGCAUUCCCCACUAUCACUCGCGUACCAGGAGCAAUGAUUAGCUUUAGAUAUUAUGUUGAGGCAGUCAUCGAUCUUCGUGGAAAGUUGACUGCUCAAGACCGAUUUCUACCUUGGUUGAACAUGGGGACUUCUGGUGCUAAUUUCUCCCCUGGUGGCCAUGUCAUCACUACUUCCGGUCAACAGAUCGGUGGCCCAGCAACAUCAAACUGGUCCACUAAUAUCUUAGAUACCGACCCUAUUCGCCGUGAAAAGGGCGUCGUAGCUAUGAUGUUUGAGGUUGUUGUUGGAACGAGGGAUUCCAGUCGGAAGCUGCAGCAAAAUAUAGAUGAAUCCUUAUCAGUCACCGCCGAUGCUACUAAUACACUACAACCGGCUGCCCAGGACGUCGAUCACGAUAUUGAAUAUACUGACGGGGAUGUGAAUGGGGAAGAGCACUACGAUGAAGGCGACUAUUAUGCAGAAGACGGAUAUUAUGACUAUGAAGAAGAAGGAUCAUAUUGGCCUGAUCAUCCCCCUUCGCAGGAUCAACACUGCGGUCCGCCCGAAGAACUCAGAAAUGGGCUCGGCACGCAAGAACCAGAGGAUGAAAAAUCGCGACUGCAGCGAGCUGAAGCGAUGUUACUACCUAGUCGGCCACCUGGGGAAUCAAGUAGUGGGCCCCAUAACGCAGGUUCUACACCCACGGCGCCUGAUAUUUCUGAGGACGACCAUACGUUUGGUCAUCACACUUUUUCCGACAGCGGUCAUGUGAAUAUAGUCCCAUCAUCUACGAUUUCCGUUGAUACUGUCGUACCUGGUCCAAGUCACAGCCAUUUACCUGAUAUCCCGAACUAUGAGCAUACGGACGAUAAACAUGAGCUUGAAAGGCGCCGAUUGAUGGAGGAAGCCAGCGCUCCAUCGUCCACUCAACAUGUCGACCGCGUCAUGACUUCAGGACCCCAUAUGACACCUACAGCGCCGAUAUUAGAAGAAGAGGAUGAGCUUAGCAAUUUACAUCCAGAGACCGAUGAGUCUCUUCCUUCUUAUCAGCGUUAA